UUUUGCUGUUUAGUGGAAUGACUUCAGCCCAGGAUGAUACCAACGCUGUUGAAACAAGAUCAUGCUUUCCAGAUAUGUGUGACCUCCUGAGAGACUUUGGUGCCAUGACAGAAAAAGUGAAAGCCAUGGAAAGGAGGCUGGAGGAAAGUGAAAAUGAGAUUCUUGAACUAAAAAACAAAGAAGAAACCAAAGUGAUUUUCAGUGCAGCAAUCGGAGAAGGACGCAUUUAUGUUGGACCUUUCAACACAGAUAGAACACUAAUCUACAGAAGGGUGAUUGUGAACAUCGGUAACGCCUACAAUAAAGCCACAGGUAUCUUCACUGCACCUGUUUCAGGUGUCUACUACUUCAACAUUUUCUAUCAUACUGGAGGGUUACAUGGAGCAUAUCUUUGGAUCUUCAAGAACUCACAGCCCAUGGUCCAGACAGGUGAUCAUAAAUCAAGCACUGAUCCAAAUGAUAAUGGUGGAAACUCUGUGUUUCUGCAGCUGCAACCAGGAGACCAUGUGUACGUGCGCCUAUUUGCAAGAACGUGGGUUUGGGGAUCAGACUACACUACCACUUUUAGUGGAUUUUUGGUGACUCCAAUGUGAGAAUCAGCACUCUGUCAUUCUCCCCUACAUAAAUGUAUCUAUUGCUACUAUCUUUAAAAAAAAUUCUUAAAAAAAAUAAAAUGAAAAUUUGAAUGGUAAGGCAAAAAUAAAAAAUAAAAUGUUUUAAAGCAUAUAAUGAUGUUUGUGUGUGUUAGUCCAUGUCGUGUUAAACAUAAUAUAACAGAGCCCAUCACUGUUUGAUCGUCUUGGUUUUUUUUUCUGGUGUUUUUGUGUGUGUGUGUGUGUGUGUGGG